GGAGCAUCCAUCGUGUCCUGUGGAGCGCAGAUGAGGAGCCUGCCGGUGGAGGAGAUGGUGAUCACGCUCGUGGCAGCGCUCUGGUCCAAGGGACGYGGGCAAAGAGCUCGUGCCGCUCAGGUGCAGGAGCUGCUGGCUUAGCCCUCCCGGGGCAUGGCCACCCCAAUGGGGCUGAACACCACGCACGGCCUCGAGCAGCUCCCUGCCGCGGAGCAGCCCGCGCUCCAGGAGGUGGCGGGUCUUCUCUGCAUGAUCCUGCUCACGGUCACCGCGCUGGUGGCCAACGCGGUGGUGAUGUUCGUCAUCCUCAAGGCUCCCCUCCUCAGGAAGUUCGUCUUUGUCUGCCAUCUCUGCCUGGUUGAUCUCCUCUCCGCCAUCUUCCUCAUGCCCCUGGGGAUCAUCUCGAGCUCCUCCUACUUCAACAAGGUCAUCUACAGCAUUGCCGAGUGCCAGACCUUGAUCUUCCUGAACGUCUGCUUUAUCAGCGCCUCUAUCCUCACCAUCUCCAUCAUCAGCGUGGAGCGCUACUACUACAUCGUGCACCCCAUGAGGUAUGAGGUCAAGAUGACCAUCAGGCUGGCUGUGGCCGGGGUGGCCUUCGUUUGGGUCAAAUCUGCCCUCAUGACCAUCUUGGCACUGGUGGGCUGGCCAGAAGGCAACGGGGCCACCAGCGCCAGCCGGUGCACGGUCUACUGGAGCCCGGGAGCCCACAAGAAGGUCUUCGUGGUCCUCUUCAGCRUUGCCUGCUUCAUCCUGCCCACCAUCAUCAUCUUCGCCGUCUACUGCAGCAUCUACCGCGUGGCGCGGACGGCGUCGCUGCAGCAGGUGCCCGGGCCGGCGCGGGCGGCCGCCCCCAGGCCCCGCUCCGACUCCCUCGCCAGCCGGUUGACCAUCGCCACCACCAGGAACCUGCCGCUGCCCAGGCUGAGCCCGGAGCGCCUUUUGGCGGGCAACAAGGCCAUCCUCACCUUGCUCCUCAUCGUGGGCCAGUUCUUGUGCUGCUGGCUGCCCUUCUUCGCCUUCCACUUGCACUCCUCCAUCUCCGCCGCCGCCGCGGCGGGCGAGGGCCGUGGGGAGAUGGUGGUCACCUGGCUCGCCUACUCCUCCUUCGCCAUCAACCCCUUCUUCUACGGGCUGCUGAACCGGCAGAUCCGCGAGGAGCUGGCCAGGCUCGGGCGCAGCUGUGUGCACCGGCCGCUGGGGCAGGAGCUGUGUCUCGCUGUGUCCGAGGCCUCCGUGCAGGAGAACUUCCUGCAGUUCCUCCAGAGAGCCACCUGCACGCUGGAGCCCCGCGCCGGCUGCGCCGGCCCCAGGAACAGGCUGGAGCAGAGCGGGGCGGAUUGUCCCAUCCCGGGUCAGGUGCCCGAGGAGAGCAGCUGAGGAGCGGGGAGCCCCGUCCCACCACGYGGGGCAGGAGGAGCGCGAGUCCUCGUGGCACUGGCUUCAUCCACCUGAACUGGCUCCAUCCACACCCCAUCCCAGUGGAUGUGGAGGGGUCCGUGUCCAGGCUUUGCCUCCUCUCCGAGCGUCUAUUGCAGACCAAGGCGCCUGCCCGUUCUCUUCCCCCGGGAGAAGGCAGCACAGUUGGGGGAUCUCCAUCUCCCGAGGCCUGGCGCUGGGACCAUCCCUGGCCUCACCAGAGGACCGGUCACCUCAACUGGACAGGCUCUUGCGUGUGGAGGCCAAGCCGGCCGGCUGAAGGACCCUGACACGAGGGCAGGGGAKGGGGUCCCUGCACUUGGACCCAUGGACCCCGGUGACCAUGGACCACGGGGAAGGCUCCUCACAGCCAGUGGUCCCAGUAACCCCACUAACCCCCGCACCGCCAGCCUCCUCUAACCUCCA